AUGGAGAUAUCCUCUGGAAGUCGACAGUGUACGUACUCCAUGGAGACGUCCUCUGGAAGUCGACAGUGUACGUACUCCAUGGAGACGUCCUCUGGAAGUCUACAGUGUACGUACUCCAUGGAGACGUCCUCUGGAAGUCGACAGUGUACAUACUCCAUGGAGACGUCCUCUGGAAGUCGACAGUGUACGUACUCCAUGGAGACGUCCUCUGGAAGUCGACAGUGUACGUACUCCAUAGAGACGUCCUCUGGAAGUCGACAGUGUACGUACUCCAUGGAGACGUCCUCUGGAAGUCUACAGUGUACGUACUCCAUGGAGACGUCCUCUGGAAGUCGACAGUGUACGUACUCCAUGGAGACGUCCUCUGGAAGUCGACAGUGUACGUACUCCAUGGAGACGUCCUCUGGAAGUCGACAGUGUACGUACUCCAUGGAGACGUCCUCUGGAAGGCGACAGUGUACGUACUCCAUGGAGACAUCCUCUGGAAGUCGACAGUGUACGUACUCCAUGGAGAUAUCCUCUGGAAGUCGACAGUGUACAUACUCCAUGGAGACGUCCUCUGGAAGUCGACAGUGUACAUACUCAAUGGAGACGUCCGCUGGAAGUCGACAGUGUACAUACUCCAUGGAGACGUCCUCUGGAAGUCGACAGUGUACAUACUCCAUGGAGACGUCCUCUGGAAGUCGACAGUGUACAUACUCCAUGGAGACGUCCUCUGGAAGUCGACAGUGUACAUACUCCAUGGAGAUGUCCUCUGGAAGUCGACAGUGUACGUACUCCAUGGAGACGUGUUCUGGAAGUCGACAGUGUACGUACUCCAUGGAGACGUCCUCUGGAAGUCGACAGUGUACAUACUCCAUGGAGAUGUCCUCUGGAAGUUGA